CAUAUAUAUUUCUUCCUGCUUCGACACUACAACUACUCGUCAAGAAAAGAAACAAAGCGAUUUUACCCGACCCACCUUGCAUUGAUAGCCACCUGCCUUGACCUACGCACGCUCAAAUGGACGAUAGGAAACGUUUCUUAAUGCUGAUACGAAAGGCUACUGCUGGAAGAGCUGCGGGGACAACGGGGAGUGGAGUAGUGCUAGACGGCGAAGAAGCAGAGGUCGCGGAGACUGGUAUAGGUGCAACGGUUGUGGAUUGCGGGAUGGGUGGGCAUGCUUGUGGCGUGGGUUGUGCGAGGUGUGGGUGCUAGUAUUCGUGUUGGUGGAGGUAUUGGAUUGUUCACCACAGACUCGGAUUGACAUUGGCGGUAAACGACGCGAGGUAUAUUGUCCUACACCUAACAACCUUCUUGACCCCCUCUUUAACCUCUUUCAUCUCCUCUUUCACAAUAGCACCAACAUCCAGAGUCUUCUCAUCCA